GAGCUAGGCGCUGCUAAUAUUCACGUGAACAAUGGAGGUGAACCAGAGCAAAAUGAUCACGCUGAAUAGUUCAAACUAUCAGCUGUGGAAAGGGAAAAUGGAGGACCUUCUUUAUGUGAAGGAAUUUCAUGAGCCUAUCUUUUCAGAACAAAAGCCAGACAACAUGAAGGAUGAAGAAUGGUGGCUACUCUAUAGGCACAAAGAUGGCACUCCCACAGCAGACCAUGUUAAUGAUUUCCUUGGCAUCAUCAAGGAGUUAGCUAAUUUGGGCAUAAACUUUGAUGAUGAAGUGAAUGGUCUGAUUCUUCUCAACACCUUGUCGGAAUCAUGGGAGAGUUUUAGAUCAACAACAAUCAACUUAUCUCCUGGUGGUCAAGCCACACUGGAAAUUGCCAAAAACAAGAUAUUUGAAGAGGAAAAAAGGAUGCGGGCAUUGGGAGUCUUCUCGCAACCAAAUACUCAAGCUCUUGUCACGGAGAAUAGAGGCAGGAGUAAAACCAGAGAACCCAGAGGACGAGGAGGCAGAUCCAGAUCAAAGUCCAAAAGUGGAGUGAAAUGCUAUCAUUGUGGCCAACUAGGCCACAUGAAAAGGAAUUGCUACUUGUUGAAAGGAAAAGACAAGAAAAGGGUUGAAGAUAGCAAUACAACCGCUGUAGCAUCUACCAAUGGCGAUGACGUGACUCUACUAUGUGAUCGUGGGGAGUGCUUCCAUGUAGAAAACUCAGAUACUAAGUGGAUAAUUGAUUCUGGUGCCUCUUAUCAUUGUGUUCCCAAAAGGGAAUAUUUUUCAACAUACAAAGUAGGAGACUUUGGCACCAUAAAAAUGGGAAACAAGAGUGUUUCUCAUAUUAUGGGAGUUGGUGAUAUCUGUGUCCAGACAAAUGUUGGAUGCACAUUAACACUGAAAAAUGUGCGACAUGUUCCCGAUAUGCGUAUGAAUCUGUUGUCUGCAAAAGCACUGGAUGAAGAAGGAUACACACACUAUUUCGGGAAUGGUAGCUGGAAACUCACUAAAGGAUCAUUGGUGGUGGCAAAAGGAAGAGCAUGUUGCUCAUUAUACAAGACACACAUGAAAAUGUGUGGAGGUCAAUUGAACGCAGUUGAAGAUGAGGCUUCUCCAAAUUUAUGGCAUAAAAGAUUAGCUCACAUGAGUGAGAAAGGAUUGCAACUUUUGGCUAAGCAGUCCCUUGUUCCCAUUGCCAAAGGUGGACAUGUGAAUCCUUGUGAUGUUUGCUUAUUUGGAAAGCAACACCAAGUUUCUUUUCAAAAGAAUUUGACUCGGAAGGAGAACAAGCUAGACUUGGUCUACUCUGACGUUUGUGGUCCCUUAGAGGUAGAGUCGUUUGGUGGCAAUAAAUAUUUUGUUACCUUUAUUGAUGAUGCAACUCGAAAGACUUGGGUAUACUUGUUGCAGAAUAAAAGCCAAGUUUUCAAGUAUUUCCAGCAUUACCAUGCUAUGGUGGAAAGGGAGACAUUGUUGAAGUUGAAAUGUCUCCAUACAGAUAAUGGAGGGGAGUACACCUCCAAAGAAUUCAGAGACUAUUGUUCCAAGUAUGGCAUGAGGCAUGAGAAGACAGUUCUUGGCACUCCACAACACAACGGUGUUGCAGAACGGAUGAACCGUACCAUUGUGGAGAAAGUUCGAUGCAUGCUAAGAAUGGCAACUCUACCUAAGCCAUUCUGGGGUGAAGCAAUCAACACAGUAGUUUAUUUGAUCAACCGGUCACCUUCAGUUCCUUUGAAUUUUGAAAUCCCAGAGAAAGAACAGAGAUCAAAGCUGGAUGAUAAAACUAUUCCAUGCAUUUUUGUUGGGUAUGGUGAUGAGGAGUUUGGCUACAGACUAUGGGACCCAGAAAAGAAGAAAAUUGUCAAAAGUAGAGAUGUCGUGUUUCAUGAACACGAGAAAAUUAAUGAUUUGAAGGAGGACAAAGCUACAGGAAGCUCUGGAGAGGGUGUAGAAGAUUUAACACCGGCAAAAACUCCUUCAAGAAAAAUUACAAAUGAAGAAGAGGUGCAAGCACCAGAAGAUGAGAUAGAGAAGCCAACAAUUGAAGAAGAUGAAGCAAGUGUAGAUGGGGGAAAUGAUAAGCAAGGGGAGCAACCCCUGCCACAAGAGGAAGAACCUCAGUUGAGAAGGUCCACCAGAGAGCAUAAAGCAUCUGCAAGAUACUCCAGUUCUGAUUAUAUCUUGAUCUCUGAAGAGGGGGAGCCAGAGAACUUCCAAGAGGUGCAGUCUCACAAAGAUAAAAACUGCUGGAUGAAGGCUAUGCAGGAAGAAAUGAACUCCCUACAUAAAAACAAUACUUAUGAGCUUGUGGAACUUUCCAAAGGAAGAAAAACCCUGAAGAACAAAUGGGUGUUCAAGCUCAAGAAAGAUGGUGACAAGAUAGUUAGAUAUAAGGCUUGGCUGGUGCCAGAAGGUUUUGAAGAACAAGGGAAGAAGCAUAUGGUUUGCAAAUUGAAGAAGAGCUUGUAUGGACUAAAGCAAGCUCCAAGACAAUGGUAUAAGAAGUUUGACUCUUUUAUGAUGAGUCAUGGUUACCAAAGAGCAAAUGCAGAUCCAUGUGUCUACAUCAGAUUAUUCCUUGAUGGCAACUUCAUUAUCCUUUUGUUAUAUGUUGAUGAUAUGCUGAUUUUGGGACAAGAUGUUGAGAAAAUUUGCAGGUUAAAAGAGGAGUUAUCAAAGUCCUUUGACAUGAAGGACUUGGGACCAACAAAGCAAAUUCUGGGUAUUGCUAUUACCCGUGAUAGAGAGGCUCGGAAGUUGUGGUUAUCACAGGAGAAGUAUGUUGAACGGAUGCUUGAAAGGUUCAACAUGAAACAUGUUAAGCCAGUUAGCACUCCUCUUGCAAAUCACUUCAAGCUGAGUAAACGAUCUUGUCCAACUACCAAAGAAGAAAAGGUGAAAAUGUCAUCUAUUCCUUAUUCUUCUGCAAUCGGUUCACUGAUGUAUGCAAUGGUAUGUACACGGCCAGACAAUGCUCAUGUUGUUGGUGUUGUGAGUAGAUUCUUGUCUGAUCUAGGCAAGAUUCAUUGGGAAGCUAUUAAGUGGGUCUUCAAAUAUCUGAGAGGUACCACCAAGUUGUGUUUGACUUUUGGGCAAACUGAACCAAUUUUGAAGGGAUACAGAGAUGCAGACAUGGCAGGUGACCUUGAUAAUAGAAAAUCUAUUUCAGGGUAUUUAUUCACUUUUGCUGGGGGAGCUGUAUCAUGGCAAUCAAAAUUGCAGAAGUGUGUUGCCUUGUCAACAACCGAAGCUGAAUACAUUGCAGCUACAGAAGUUGGUAAAGAGAUGCUUUGGAUGAAAAGAUUCCUUCAAGAAUUGGGAUUAAAGCAAAAAGAGUAUGUAGUAUUUUGUGAUAGCCAGAGUGCUAUAGAUUUGAGCAAGAAUACUAUGUACCAUGCUCGAACAAAACAUAUAGAUCUGAGAUAUCACUGGUUGCGAUUGGUGACAGAGAACAAGCAAUUUCAACUCAGAAAGAUUCACACAAACAACAAUGUUGCUGAUAUGAUGACAAAAGUUCUUCCCAGGGAAAAGUUUGAAUAUUGCACGAAGUCGGCCGGGAUGGACUCCAAGUAAGGAGUCAGGAUUUAUAUCUCCUCCCAUGGGGUUGGAGGGGGAGAUUGUUGGCGGAAAUUUCCAGCCCAUGUGAACACAAUGACUUCCAUGUGGUAAAAUCUUCAUACCCUAUAGUAAAAGGCUGCACCUAUG